AUGACCCAAACAGAGGAGGAGUACGAUGAGGCGCAGGCAGGCGAUGAGAGCAUGACCGGCCCAGAUGGCGGCUACAACACUGUCGAGUCGGUGGCUUACACGCCACGAAGGAACCUCGAGCAGAUCAAAGGCAUAUCUGAGCAGAAGGCAAACAAGAUCCUCCAAGAAGCAUCGAAGCUCGUUCCCAUGGGCUUCACUACGGCCACGGAGAUGCAUCAACGCCGCAGCGAGCUGAUUUCCAUCUCCACCGGCUCCAAGAACCUCGACACUCUCCUUGCUGGUGGUAUCGAGACCGGCAGUGUCACCGAGAUCUUUGGCGAGUUUCGUACCGGCAAAUCGCAAAUCUGUCACACCCUGGCCGUCACCUGCCAGCUGCCCUUUGACAUGGGCGGUGGCGAGGGCAAGUGUCUCUACAUCGACACCGAAGGAACAUUCCGGCCCGUGCGCCUGCUGUCCGUCGCAAACCGCUAUGGCCUGUCCGGCGAGGAGGUCCUUGACAACGUUGCAUAUGCGCGAGCCUACAACUCCGACCACCAGCUGCAGCUCCUCAACCAGGCUGCAGCCAUGAUGUGCGAGACCAGGUUCUCCCUCCUGGUUGUCGACUCAGCCACGUCCUUGUACCGUACCGAUUUUCUGGGCCGAGGAGAGCUCAGCAGCCGGCAAACACAUCUUGCCAAGUUCAUGCGCACGCUGCAGCGGCUGGCAGACGAAUUCGGCAUUGCUGUUGUCAUCACAAACCAGGUCGUCGCCCAGGUAGACGGUGGUCCCUCUGCCAUGUUCAACCCAGACCCCAAGAAGCCGAUCGGCGGCAACAUCAUUGCUCACGCUUCCACAACCCGACUCAGUCUGAAGAAGGGCCGUGGCGAGACCCGUAUUGCGAAGAUCUACGACAGCCCCUGCCUUCCCGAGGCUGACUGCCUGUUUGCCAUCCAAGAGGACGGCAUUGGUGACCCCUCUCCCAAGGACAUGGAGAAGAUGGACAGGUAG